CCCAAUAAACAACAAAUAACAAAAGGUGUGUUUGGUAACAAUUUCACUUCAGGUCCCUGAACUUAGAAAACAUUUUUAUUUUGAACCUAAAAACUUGGCAAAAGCCCAAGUCUGAGUCGAGAGAGAAAGGGAAGGUUGUGCAAAAAUGGGGGAGCAUGUGGAAGCAGACAACGCAGAAGCCAUCAUCACAAGGAUCGAACACAAGUCUCGCAAGAUCGAGAGUUUACUCAAACAGUACAAGCCAGUAGAAGCCCUCAAAACUGCUCUGGAAGGAUCUCCCCCCAAGACGAGAGAUGAACGAUGCAAGUCUGCAAAUUGGAUUGUGGUGCAUAGAGCGUUAAUGGCGAUAAAAGAUGUGGAUUUAAUGUUCACCUCUUUGGAUCCCGAGUACUACGAUAUUCUCAUGAAGUACCUGUAUAGAGGAUUGUCAACCGGCGAUCGGCCCACCUGUGACCAAUGCCUACGGAUUCAUGAAAAGCUUACACACAAAGCUGGUCUUGGAUGCAUUCUUCGUGCACUUAGUGAUACUGUAAAUACUGUUUGAUUUUUACAAUGCCAAUCAUCAUCAUAAACCAGCUUAUUGUCUAAGAAUAAAUCAUGAUUUUUGUUCUUGUUUCCAUUUUUCUCCUACUCAUCAUAUUUCACAAGAAAAUAUGCAUCGUGUUAUUUUGAAAA